GGAUUUCAACAUGACAGCCUCCAUGAGAAAAACAUGAAACAACGAAAAAUUAUCGAAAAACACCACAAAACAUCAAAUAUAAUUCCACACGAACCUCUAAGACAGGAAAUUUCUUCAUCUGUUAGUUACAGUCAACCAUGGAUGCCUGGAGCUUACACAUCUUUCAAAUUACUUCUAUCGAUCAGACUUUGUGCUGCUGUCUGGAAUAUUGUAGGGGACUGUGAUGAGACUUUUAAUUAUUGGGAACCAAUGCACUACUUGUUAUUUAAGAAGGGUUUUCAGACCUGGGAAUAUGCACCACAAUAUGCCAUUAGAUCUUAUGCAUAUCUAUGGAUACAUGGAUUUCCACUGAAACUCAUCCACUUUAUCUUUGGGACCAAUAAGGUAGUCCUGUUUUAUCUUCUGAGAUGUAUUUUGGCUGUGUGUUGCUCUGCUGCAGAAGUUUAUUUCUACAAAGGUAUUUGUAAACAUUUUGGUACCAACACAGGACGGAUAACACUGUUAUUUCUCAUAAUGAGUGCUGGAAUGUUUAUAUCUUCAACAGCAUUCCUACCAAGCAGCUUUUGUAUGUACCUGACAUUCAUUUCCAUGGGUGCAUGGUUUCUUGGUAAAUAUUCUAUAGCCAUAGCAGCAGUAGCAGCAAGUUCAAUAUUAGGAUGGCCAUUUGCAUCUAUUUUAGGGAUUCCUAUUGCAGCUGAUUUAGUGUUCAGAAGAAAAAAAUUGACACUGCUUAUUUCACACAGUUUAAUUGCUCUGUUAAUAUUUUCGAUACCAAUGGUAUUUAUUGACUACCAGUACUAUGGUAAAUUAGUGAUUGCCCCACUUAAUAUUGUAGUCUACAAUGUGUUUACUAGUCAUGGACCUGAUCUUUAUGGUGUAGAACCAUUUUCAUAUUACAUCUUAAAUGGAUUUCUCAACUUUAAUUUGGUUUUCUGUUUUGCAUUAGUAUCAGUACCAUUUGCUAUGUUGGUACAAUGGAUUGUAGGUAUAGGUGAUUCAGAUAUACCUAGAUGGCUAGCAUUAUCUCCCCUGUAUCUUUGGAUUCUUAUCUUCUUUACAAGACCACAUAAGGAGGAACGAUUUCUGUUUCCUAUAUACCCUUUGUUUGCACUGUGUGGAGCAGUUACUAUAGAUCAUGUACAGAAAAUUUGGUGUUAUUUAUUUUCACAACCUGUAUCUGGACAUUAUACAACUUCUACAAACUGGAUCUCUGCCAGUUCAGGGAUUAUUUACUCCAUAUUAGGUGUAUCAAGAAUCAUAGCUAUUUAUCAAGGUUAUCAUGCCCCUCUUGACCUUUAUCUGGAACUAAACAAGAUUUCCAGUGAUCCUAAUAUACAUACACUGUCACCAGAAAAACCAGUCAAUGUAUGUGUAGGGAAAGAAUGGUACAGAUUUCCUAGUCAUUUCUUUAUGCCUGGUGAUAACUGGAGUUUACAGUUCAUCAAAUCAGAGUUCAAAGGUCAGCUUCCAAAACCAUACAGUUCUGGUGUUGAUGCAACAAAAAUAAUAUCACCUGAAUUUAAUGAUAUGAAUAAAGAAGAAACAUCUAGAUAUAUAAGUUCAAAUAAAUGUCAUUACCUGAUAGAUUUAGAUUUACCUAAUCGGUCAGAAUUAGAGCCAAGCUAUUCAAGUCAAAGAGAAGACUGGAAAGUUAUAUCAUCUCAUUUAUUUUUAGAUUCUUCCAAAUCUCACAGAAUAUUUAGAGCCUUCUAUAUUCCUUUUGUAUCCAGCAAUUACUGCAAUUAUGUCAACUAUAACAUUCUCAAAACAACAAAGACUAAGAAAAGUAGACACUAAAUUUUAAUGUAACAUAUUUUAAUCUGCUAUUUAAUGUAGUGUCCAUUGUCUUUGAUAUAUAUAAAGUGUUUACACUUCA